UUGGAGGAGUUCAGAAAUGCUUGGAAACAAGAGGUGCAGAAGAAGCACAUUGCGGAAAAACCGCAAGAUAAAGGGGAAGGCAGUAGUAACAGCACAGUAGAACACACAGUGGAUGAUAUUGUUGAAAAGACAGAAUCACUGACUACCAACGAUACACCUGUUACUGCCAUGGAUCAUUAUGUGAUUGCUGUGGAUAACGAAAGACAAGGAAAAUUGGGCAAAGCACUUGAUAGUUAUCGUCGGGCAUUCAAGUUAGACCCAGAUAUCGAUUAUGCUUACAAGAAGCAUUAUCAAGACACUAUUUUGCCCAGUAUUCAAAAAGACAAGGAUAAGCCCACCAAAGAUGAAGGGUUUAAGCAUAUUGUUCCUUUAGGGAAAGAGUACACAGCUCCUUCAGCUACACGAUUAGACCCACUGGCAGAACUUAUUUCGAGCUUUGCCAACGAUCCCGAAUUAUCGUAUAUACCCCAACUAGACUAUAAGCCAGUGUCUGUAGCAAAACUUCCAAACGAAGUCAUGCUUCAUAUUGUACGUCACCUGAUUUUAAACUCGAUCUCGACUUUACCGUAUUUUGCAUUGACCUGCAAAAAGUUCUUCUUGUACAGCCGAGAUCCUUCCGUGUGGCAAUAUGCUUGUUUUCGCGUGUUUAAAACUCCCGGUAUGACAUUGGAACAAUCGCGACAGUAUCAAUGCAACCAAGUGUUACAAUAUGAUGGACACUGGAUGCGCAUGUUUAUUGAUAGACCGCGUAUUCGAUACGAUGGAGUAUAUAUCUCGACGUGUCAUUAUAUUCGACCGGGUGCGUCGGAUACAGCCUGGAACAAGCCGAUCCAUUUUGUCACGUAUUAUCGAUACAUUCGGUUCUUUCCUGAUGGAACGGUUUUAAAGCAUUUGACCACGGAUGAACCUAUCCAUGUGGUAAAGUGGCUUGUGCCUGGAUUUCAUAAAAAACAGUGUUUCCAUGGCAAAUUCCUAUUGGAAAAUAAUGAUCAUAUAAUGAUAGUGAUGAAGGACCCUUCAUUAAAGGGGGAGACCUUUAAUUUGUCACUCAAGAUCAAGACAACACAUCGUGGAAGACAUAAUAAGCUGGUGUGGGAUGAAUACACUAGUACAAGCUCAAUUCCAGGCAGAAUGGAUCAUCAAUAUGAUUUAAAACUAUUUAAAUCCUUCUUUUUCAGUCCAUGCCUACUUGGCAAGUAUAUACAGAAGAAGGAAGCUUCUGUCUUGAGUGUCGAUUUCUCUCAAAAGACAUACACCAUUAAUUUCGUCAUGCAGGCUAACGGGACACUCGCCAAUGAGAUUGGACAAUUAAAUCAACGUAUAACACUUCGAUUUUCUGCUAUUAAAAGCUAUGAUUUAGAGACAGGCGAUGUAUUGAAUCCAAUCCAAGUCACAUUUAAAUAUGAUGAAGGAAGUGAGAUUGAUUAUCCAUUGGAUUUCUAUUCUGGCGUCUUUGACUUAUUUGCAUAUUACAUGAAUGACACCAGCCAAUCCAUUCCUAUUACAUUUCAUUUGGAUGCCAGUAUUACAUCUUUUCAUUUUAUGCCUACACUAGAACACCAUCAACAAUACCAAAAUGGCACGGUGCUCAGUGAUCGUAUCAGUCUCAAAAUACUUACGGGAAGAUCCACUACCACACAGGGAUUUUCAAUCUUUAUCUGUAUUCUCAUGUGGUUACUAUCCCUGUUGAUGGGCUUGUUUGGAUUUCAAGUGGUUUUUCGAAAGCGUAGAGCGGAUGCACAUGCUUGCAUGAUUGGCAUUACUACUUUGUUUGCUCUACCUGCCGUAAGAUCUGCACAGCCUGGCAUACCCGAUGUUGGUUGCGUGUCUGACAUCUUGGGCUAUUACUGGAAUAUGGCUAUUAUUGCUUGCUCAAGUAUUGCUGUUAUCAUGUGCUGGGUGAUACGAUGGGAAAAACCAGAACCUAUGCUUCAGAGAUCAGUUCAUCCAGAUGCUUUUUCUGAACAUGUGAAUGCAACAGUACGAUUAACCAAGGUAGCCCUUGAAUUGGAAUGGACGAUUUUUACACGAUUUACAGUGGGUGUAUUGACAGCCACCAUCUUGUCUACGUUUUAUCUGGUUUUGACCUUGAGAAAUUCGAAGCGACCACUUGUUGUCUGGGAAAAGUUAAAUAAACCCUUGAUUAAACUAUUCAGACCAAAGAUCUUUUCACUCUUGUUGGGCAACGUGAACCCUUAUUCCGCAUCCAUUGACAUGAGAAUAUCCACGUUUUCACGUGGCUUUUGUACAGGUUUUAUGCGCGACCGUCAUAGAAAUCGAAACCCGUUUAAAAGUAUCCAUGCUACUGCACUUGCAACAUUUGCAGAAUCUGUGGGUGAAUUAUGUUUACUUAGCAACUUACAGCCCAAGGACGAGAUUUCGCUCAUGUCAUUAGAAUUAGAGUUUGUGAAGAAGGCAAGAGGAUUACUGACAGCUUCAACGGAUUUUACGUUUGAAGAAGGAGAGGAGCCAACGCAGGAGGUGAAACUUCAAGUGGUAGUAAAAGAUCGUACGUUGGACACAGUGGCUAUUGCACAUCUUGUUUGGUCUGUGGAACAAAAGUCCAAUUGAGUUUUUGGGGCGCCUGUUUAAAUAAAACAAGUCCAAACCCAAAACAUGCAUAUUUUUUUUUUAUUUUUUUUUUGGUCCCUGUUCUUUUUUUCUUUCUUUCUCUUUUUUUUUUUCACCAAAGGAAGCGAAAAAAUUAUGCCUGAAAAUAAUUUAUUUCAUUUUGCUCAAGUGAU